UUGACAGCUAAGGGAUUUUCUGUGUAGUGGAGAAAAUUGUGGUGUUUGCGGCUAGAAAGUGAAAAAUUUGCAAAUUCAAGCAACUUAUUUAAUUAAACUAAACUUUUGGAAGACAUACAAUGUCUUUACCAAGUAACUAUAAACAAAUUGCCCCUGCUCCACCUUCAACACCGGCUUCUGGUGGCACCGGCAGCAGUGGUGGUGGCCGGUCUCGCUCCUCUGGUGCUGGUUCGGCGUCGGAACGCAAUAAAGAUAAUACUCCUAUAUUUACUCAUAGUAAUUACAGCAAUCCGGCGUUUACGCCACAGAAAGCGGGCAAAUCUUCUUCAAGUAAAAAUCAGUCUGAAAGCCGUGCCCCCAAACCUCCAAAGCCACCAGAGAAACCCAUAUUGCCCUAUAUGAGAUAUUCAAAGAAAAUAUGGGACUCUGUGAAAGCACAACAUCCAGAUUUGAAGCUAUGGGAAUUGGGAAAGAAGAUAGGAGCAAUGUGGAAACAAUUGACUGAUGCAGAAAAGCAGGAAUUCGUCGAUGAAUAUGAAGCCGAUAAGGCUGAAUAUGAAAAAACCUUAAAAUCCUACCACAACUCUCCGGCUUACCAGGCCUAUUUGGCAGCUAAAAGUAAGGCCAAGGUGGAUGGCGAUAUCCAUGAAACACCCUCGAGAGGCGGUGGAGGCAAAGGUCAACAGGAAAGACGCAUUGAUAUACAGCCUGCAGAAGAUGAAGAUGAUCCUGAUGAAGGCUACUCCUUUAAGCAUGUAGCCUAUGCACGUUAUUUGCGUAAUCAUCGUUUAAUCAAUGAGAUAUUCUCCGAUGCGGUAGUACCAGAUGUUCGAUCCGUGGUGACUACGCAACGCAUGCAGGUGCUAAAGCGACAGGUCAGCUCGUUGACUAUGCACCAGACUAAGUUGGAAGCAGAAUUGCAACAAAUGGAAGAAAAAUUCGAGGCCAAGAAACAACGCAUGAUGGAAUCCAGUUUAGCCUUUCAAGAGGAAUUGAAGCGUCACUGCAAACCUGCUGUUGAUGAUGAGACUUUCCAGAAAAUGGUGCAAAAGAUGUAUGAAGAAAUGAAACGUCAGCGUUCCUCAGAAGAUCCUAAUAAUGCUGCUGCAAAUAAAUUACCGGCUAUGGGUGGUCCAGUAGCUGCAACAGCUGGCACAGGUGUGGGUGCCGCUGGGGCACCAGCUGCAACCCACCGCAGGUGAGGCGAAAAAGGAAGCUC